AUGUUCGAGCGUCGCGCCGCGGACCGUUACCGGCUUCGGAUGCACCGUGCCCGUACCGUCGCACUAACCUCGGAUGAGAUCGUCGAAGUACGAGCAGCGCAACGGACAUUCGAAGGAGCCUACAUCCGUACCGCUCUCUCCCAAUUCUCCUUUGCCCUGGUGGUUCUGAAGAUAUUCACCAGCGAGUUCUAUAGCACCGGGGCUCUUUUCGCAAUCUAUGGCACGGGCGUGCUGAUUAUCGGCCUGUUCCGUCGGCAGCAAGGCAAUCGGCAGUUCUUUUCCGAGGUAGGAGAAGAUGGCAUCCGUCAUAAGUUCAGAACGAGUGGGAAUGCCGUGGUGGUCUUGACGGCUCUUAGUAUCGCCGCCUACGCGACCCUUAUCGCGCUGACUGUGAGGCUGGACCGUUAA